GUAUCGGGAGAUAACCCUUUACUUCCGCCAAAUUUUGAAAAUGGCCUUUCGAAAAAAUAAGAUUAAAAGUGAUAGUGGUAAAGAUUUAAUAUUCGACGGCGGGAUUCAGUCGCACACUAGGUGUAUAUUGGUCAAAGAAUAUUUGAAAUAUAUUUUAUACGAACGACAACAAAUCCCUGUCCCAUACGAGCAAGUUAAACAAGGGUUGAAAAUAAUGGAAGACCAACAACACAAUGAUAUUAAAACAAGACCGGAUCAGAAACCACCUGUGAGAAGGUCAUUGGUAUCCAAAAUGGAAUUAAGGAAGAUUACCAAGCUGGUCAAAGGUUUAGAAGAACUGUUUGAAAAACUUGUUGAAAAUUUUGAGAUUUGUCCAGAAGUACGCCAAGUGCUUUUCCUCCUAGGGGGCACCACAGUUAGUCCGAAGGAGUGUUACCUGAUUACUUUACCACCAUAUCACCCAGAAUCUAACAACUUAUCCUCUAAAUUCUGUAUAAGAUACCUAAUGAGGGAAUUAAUUAUGCAAGAUUUUGUAGGAAAGCUGAAAGAUGUACGUACAACUAAUGCUAUAGUCAUGUUAAAUGCACCUGCAAACAGUGGAAUAAAAUGGUUUUUACCUAAACCUAAUUUUAAGAUGCCAUCGAGGGGAACACAGUUUUCCUUAAAUCUAAUUUCCAAUCCAAACAGUGAUGUGUUCACUCACGAUUUAACUCAUGAAGAAAAUGAAAUAGAAAUUUCUGGAAUUGAACCAUUUGAUGUCUCAGGAUUAGAUGCUUCUUUAGAAGAAGAAAUGAUGAAAUUAUUUAUUUCAAGUGAUCUUACAGAAAAAGAUGUACAUUUACACCCAGAAAAACAUGGACAUAUACACCCAGGAAAACAUGUACAUGUAUUAGCUAGUGUAGACAAGGCUAGAAGAUUGUCAAGGAGAAGUUUCUGUUUGAACAAUGAUGAUUAUACUUUGGAAGAAAAGAAAAAAUCUUCUGCUAAUUUAGAAGACAAGCUUAGCAAUUUAUCUUCAGAAUAUAAUAAUAAUAUUAGUUCAUAUUCUGAAGAAGACACAAUUCUUCAGAAAACAAUUGAUGAUAGUAAGAUAUUGAAUGAUCCAGGUGCUUCCUGUAUUUGGUUUCAGGCUCCAUGCAUGUUCAAAGGUUAUAAAGACAAAACUUCAACACAACCAAAUGGUUUAAUGUGAAUAAAUGCUCCUUUGUUCGAUCAUGUCUAUAAUCAUCCAGUUUUAUGUGAUAAGUUUUGUAUAAUGAGUAAUACUUCAUACUUUAUACUGAGUUUUAUAGUCAGUGAAUGAAAACCCAUAAUGUCAGAAUAUCAUAAAGAAGGUGAAACCAAAAAAAUCAAACUUUUUUCCAUUUGUAAAGGGGAAUUACUCUAGAACAGAAAAAGUGAUCUUACCAAAAAUCACACUUGAUCUGUGUUUCAUGGUUAUUACUAUAAUGCACAUUUUGUUCAGUUUCAAAACAUUUGGUUGAGGCUAACUUCAAGUUAGAGAACUGAUACCCAUUCCAGACAUACAGACAUAUUUACAGAUGUACAGACAAACAAGGGUAAAACUUUUAAUGCUCCCUCUGUUACAGCAAGGGCAUAAAAAGAAAAAGGAAAUAGUAUUAAAGCUAAGUUUGAUAAAUUUUUGCAUAGUUAUUUUUGUUUAUAGCAAUUCAAAAAUUACUAUCUCUCGCCUUUCAAUUGACUCAUUUGUGUAGUGUUUUUUGAGUCCAGAGGCUACCAAAAAAGUUAAAUAACAUGGAUUCAUUUAAUACAGUAUAACAAUCGCAAUCCCCUAUUUAAAGUACACAUUAUAUUUUGCAACUUAUUUUAUAUAGCUGCUACUUUUGGCACAGUUCUUUUUUGUACUUAGAGACCUUCAUCUUUACUAACUGACAAAUAACUAUCCCUUCCAUAACUUAAAUUUUUUUUAUGAUCUUAACCAUUCCAGUUGUGUAACCAAGCAACAGCUCCAUCAUAGAAUGUCUUUCAAUUAGAAUACAAUUAUAAUAUGUUCAUGAUGUGUCUUUUAUUAUAUAAAAUAUUUCUAUGCAGGAACUUUCCAUUUAUACUUAUUUUUGAUUUGUCAUAAGGUGAUUGUACAAUGUAGUAUAUUCUACCAGUUAUGGAUACAAGAUUUGUAGCUAUGAUGAGGGGCUCCCAAGAAAUAGAAGAUUUUAUUACCUAUAAAUUACCUUUUUUUAAAUGUUGAUGGGUGUCCCUCACCUGGUGCGUCUCCGGCUGAAUCCAUGCCUUCUUAUUCCAUGUGUUUCAGUGGUGAAAUUAUUUUAAUCAAUUUGUAAUUGAUGAUAGAUAUUAUAUAAAUAAACUAUUCAACUUGUUACCAUCCUAAAUGUUACUAAAUGUUACUAGAAAAGGUGUAACAAAUCAGGUAAUAAUUGAGUAUUGAUGAUAAAUAUAAAAAUAUACAUGUAUGCAUCAUGAAAGGGAAUUUUAUUGGAAAAUACUGUAUACAAUAAUGAGAAUGCAACAAUUAUACCACAAAAAUGAGAAAAGAAUUCUAAAGAUCAACAGUAUGUACAUGUAUACAUGGUAUAUAUAUAGACAGCUGCCAAAUUCUUUAAAGAAAACUGUAAAAUGAACAGAAGUUCAAUGUUUGAUAUAAGUAGCUCGAGAUAAUAUUUGUAUUAUAACAAAAAUACUGAAAUAAAAAAGAGUGUACAAUAAAAAUUCAAACCUGGAGAAAGGCCUUCUUCAAAGCACAUGGAUAUAGGAAUUUGAUGCUAUUUUGUUACUAUAGAACGUACAUACAUUAUAAUUUAAUGUCUGAAAAACACAUAAUUACCUCUCCAUGAGAUGUACAUUGUAAACUAAAUUUUCAUAUAUUUUCUAUUCCUUGUAUGUGUGUGUAGUGUUAGAAAUUAGAAAAUAAAUUUAUAUUUUUAAUCUUUAAUUAUGGACAUAAUAAAUUACUAGAACUGUUUGUGUACUGAUCAUGCUGAUAGAAAUUGGAAAAGAAAUAUACUGUAUUACAUUUUUAAUCUUUAUGGACAUAAUAAACUGCUGGAAUCUUUA